AUGGGUUUGUUAUUUCAGGUGCCAUUGACUUUCAGUGAUGUUACCAUAGACUUCUCUCAGGAGGAGUGGGAAUGCCUAAAUUCAGAUCAGAGAAAUUUGUACAGAGAUGUGAUGUUGGAGAAUUAUACCAACUUUAUCUCACUGGGAUCCAGUCCAGUGUACCACAUUGCAUUUAGUCGUCAUGUAUCCUUGGUUUCCUCCAAUACAGUAGUCCCCUCUUACCCGCGAUCUCGUUUUCCACGGUUUCAGUUACCUGCGGUCAACCGCAGACCAAAAAUACUAAAUGGAAAAUUUCAGAAAUAAACAAUUCAUAAGUUUUAAAUUG